AUGGCAUCCCAUUGUAUUAUACUCAUAGAAAUGGCCAAAUCAAACCGAUGUUCCACUUGUCAAAAGCCAGCGGGAAUUAUUCAUUGCGUAGGUUGUGACGGUUACUUCUGCACAAAGGAUUUCGAAAGUCAUCGUAAAAUAUUAUUUAAUGAGAUGGAACAACUCAUUGAAGAGCGUAAUAAACUACAAGAGAAAAUCAGCAAGACAGAAAAACCAGACAACUCAAGCAAUCCAGUUAUUGAAGAAAUCAAUACAUGGGAGAAGAUUACAAUUGAAAAAGUUCAGCAAACAGCUGAAUAUGCGCGUCAGCAAGCUAAUCAGCUCAUGGAUUCAAAAUCUAUGAAAACUACAAAUGAAUUCAAAGAUUUCUCAGAUGAAUUAGUUGACUUAAAAAGAACUGAGGAUUAUAUUGAACCGGAUUUAAGAAGACUUAAACAAAAGAUUGAUCAAUUCAAUAUAGAUUUGACUCAACUCUCGCAAGGAACUAGACUUGAGCUGAUUAGAGAAGAAAGUGAAAGAAUAGGGUGGAAUCGUAUUAUUCACGUUCGAGAAAAACCUGUCGAAGUUGAACGUCAACAAGCACCAACAAUAGUGGCAGGAAGUGCACGAGCAACAGCAUUAUUUUCUGAAAUAGAACUUUUUUGUGGCGGUCGAGCUUGUGGACGUUGUGGUAAAUGUUCUGAUUGGUCUUUUGACAAUAAUACGAUAGAUUAUGCUCGUCGUGAUGGUCGUACUUGCAAUCGUGCUUCUUUUGACGCUGAUCUUCAUAUCUGCAAUUGCAAGUACACUGCAAAAGAUGAAGACUGA